AUGUCCCCAUCACACUCUGAUGAGGAUAGAAAUGUAUCGCAAUACGACAUUGAAGACGAUCUUAAUGUCUAUGGAUCACCCGUAUACUCGACGCAAAUAGCAGCCGAUACGCAACCUUCUUUGCCAGCAGCGAGUCAUUCGACUCAUGCUAGAACACAGGUAUGAUAUUUCAAUAGGUUUGUCGUUUUUUUAUUAUAUAUUCUGUAUAUUUAUAUAGUGAAAUUCGUUUCGUUUUAGUUUUGUAAUUGCAAGAAUACAUGCAGUAAACGCAGCGGCAGAAAAAAGCGAGGUUGUCCUUGCCGAGGUGAGGAAUUGAAAUGCGUCGAUGGCUGCACAUGUGGAACAAAGAAGGCAGCGUGCAAUAAUAAACAAGGAACAGCAGCUGCCUCGAGUGCUGGUAUAAACGCUUUUGAACGUCAUCAGAUCGCAGUGGAGGAAGCUAGAAUGCAAAUUACAGUAGGUGUUUUUAUUUCGAAUUUCUGAAUUUGCAAAUGGUUUGUGCAUUAUUGUAGUUUGUGGAGUAAUUUUUUAGGUCAUUGUUUAUUCAUUGCCCACUGUAUUAUAAUUGUAAAUAGUGUCCAAAGCUGUUAUAAUUAUAUAUUACAAUAUCUACAGCUGUUCGUACAUGUGUUACGACUCUUUCAAGAAUAUCCAGAAAUAUAUGCUGAUUGUUAAAAAUACAUAAUACAGUUUGUCAUAAGAGUUUCUUGUUUCUAGAAAUUUAUUGGAGAUCUAACAGUGGAGGAAAAAGACAAAGUACUCCUUGAGGUUUUGUCAAAUGGGAAAGGCAGCCUUGACUAUGCCAAGAACCUUGUAGAAUUUGGUGGUCAGCCUCCAGAUCCUCCUCAAACAAAGCCACCAUGGUGCACAUGUGGAGUUUGCCAACCAAUGCCAACCGAGGAGGAAAAUAGGUGUUGCAAGAAAAUACGUUGUGUCACAUCAUUCACGACAAUUCAAAAUACAUGUACUGACCGAGAUGUUUUGGUUAUGGCUAUUAGGGCUAGAUGUGACAUUAGGGCAGAGGAGCCAGACUAUUCAACAAAUAGUUUUAGAAAGGCUGCCUACUGCCAGUGCAUUCUCUGGCGGUACAAAAAGUUAGGAAGAGGAAAUAGGAAAGUUUGCCCUUCAUGUGUUGUCCUGGCAAUAAGACAUAUAUACCCUGCCAAUGAUAGUGUGUAUAUGGGAUUUAAGAGGGCAUAG